AUGUCCUGGCGGGAUGCCCUCAAGACCGCGGCGUCGCCGCUCGCCGCUCGCGAACGCCCGCCGUCCGCCUCGGUCGUGGGCAUCGGUCAACAUCGACUCGACGGGACGGACGAGGCUCGCGGCGGGGGGCUCGCUCCGACGCGCGAGCCGGACCCGCGCGACGCGCUUAAGAACGCGUUCGCGCCGACGCAACCCACGACCCUCGAGCUCUGCGUCAACGUCUACAACCUCCACCGCGACUUCACCGCCAGGGCGCCGUUGCUGAUGUGCGCCCUGCUCGUCGAGGUGCCGCCACCGACGCUUCCGUACAAGAUGCCGGCCGCGUGGAAGCGCGCGCCGGAGAGGCACCGGUCGUGGCGCGUCGCGGGCAGCACCGAACCCACCCGCGCGGCGUGCAACGCGUCGUGCGUCCGCUUCGCCGUUCCCGUGGUCGUCGACAAGCUCAUCGGCGGCCAGCGCACUUUGGAAAACAAAAAAGCCGUCAUCGCCGUGUACCGCAUCCCGGAUGCAGACGAAGCCGACGACGCGCACAUCGCCGCGGACGAGAACUUACCGCUCGACCAACGGCCAAAACUCACCCCCGAGAGACUCGACGAGUUCGAGUACCUCGGCGAGGCCAAGUUGCGGUGCAACGAGCUGGUUCGCGCGGUGCACGACGCGCAGAAGCUUCACGCCGACGACGCGGCGACGGCUCAAAAGAGAACGGAGCCGUCGACGUUGAACACCCGCGGCGACCGCGACUUCCCGGCGCGAGGCGAGCUGAGGAACGUCAAGCCACGCGCGUUGGUGAGGGACGACGGCGUCGCGCGAUCCCCCGUGGGCAACGCGCGGGCGCAGUACGCGUUGGUAAAGUCGCCCCACCGGGACCCGUCGACGAACCCUCCCGUCCCGGGUGUACUCUCCGUUCGCGCUAAAAACCCCGACAACGACGCGUUCGACGGCGCCGCGAUCGAGGUGCUGGCGUGCACGCCCGUGCACUGGCCUCGCCCGUCGCCCGCGGACGCCGGUCGGUACGUGGCGGACUUUGCGGUGCGAUUCGAGCCCAUCGCGCAUCCGAGCGCCGCGGACUUGGAGCUCGUCUUUCUCCGGUUACUGCGGUGGGCCGGGGACGGGUACCAGCCCGUGUACGGAAGCUUGGUCACGUGCGCCGACAUUCCGACGCCUCCGAAACUCGCCACCCCGGUUGACCGGGUAGGUACCGGCGCGACUCGCCGGUACGAGGUAUCGAUCCCGACGUUGCACGUCCCGGUCGCGUGCGUCAAGUCCGGGGGCGCCACCGACGAGGACGACGAAGGCGGGUUCGGCGACGGCGACGUUUUACCCGACGGAUCCGUCUCGUGGCGAAUCGAAAUCGUCGCUCGAAUGAAAACGGGCCACGACUUGCUCCUCGGUUGGGUCGACACCACCCCCGCGGAGCUGAACGACGCCGGGGACGUCGCCACCGUGAACACCCCGGCGGCGUUCGAGUGCGACCUGCACCGGGGCGAGAGCGAUUACGAGGCUGCGCGGCUGAACGAAGCCGUCGGCGAGCGGCCGCCCACUCUGUUGGUGACGCGGUGGAAACUGCGUCCGGGUGCUAACCCGAGAGCGCUGCGCGCGCGGAUCGACCGCGCCGUCAAGACGGCGCCGCCGCAGAAGCCGCAGAAGCCAGAGCCGGGGGGCGGGGCCGGGGACGAAAAGUCGGCACCCGGGGAGGUUGGGCGGGUGACGGUGCCGAAGGGCGCCAACCCGCUCGCGGAUUUCGGCUUUGGACCCGCGGUGCCGAAAAAAGCGGAGGAGAAGAGGGCCAAGCCGGCGCCCGCGCCGGCGCCGGCCGUCGAGGACUCGGAAUCGGACGAUACCGACGGUUCCGGUCCGGGCGGUUCCGACGAGUCGUCUUCGUCGUCGUCGGACGACGAGAACAGAGACGAGGCCGCCAACGUCGUCGACGAACCAAACGCGAAGACCAAAACCAAAAUCGCCAAAACCAAAAUCGCCAAAACCAAAAUCGCCAAAACCAAAACGGCGCGGCCGGCGUCGUCGUCCGCGGCUAUGCCGUCCGCGUCGAAGAAGAAGACGAAUUCGACGGCGCUGAGCGGUAAGCCUCGACCCGCGACGGCGACGGCGACGGUGUCCGGCCUGCGCGCCGCGCCCCCGAAGCCGAAGCUCCCGGACGAGGCCAAAGGGUUUCAAAGGACGAAGCCGACGCAGAGUCGGCGUCGCGAGUCGGAGUCGGCGGAUGCGCUCGAGUCGGCGCCGGCGGUGACGCCGAUGCAGGCGCUCCUGAACCGAACCCUCGGGGUCGUCGUCCCUUCCGGCGGCGACGGGGACGGCAAGAAGGGCGUCGUGUCGGGCGGCGGCGAGAAGGGCGCCGCGAGGGUGUUCCAGGCGGUCAAAGGCGUGGUGUUUCUGCGGAAUAAAACGCCAAUCGAGGAGGAGGAAGCGGAGGACGAGAUGGAUGAAUUUUUCGACAGGAGUCGCGUCACGGUUCGCUCGACGAGGUCCAAGGCUGCGGCGGCGAUCGCCGCGGCGGGCGAGACGGGCGGUGACGCGUCGCCGCGCGAUGUGGAGAAUCGUCAGGGAGCGCCCGCCCGGCCCGGGACGCCUCCCGAGGAUCCGCGCGAUUACGAACCCAACCCCGAACUCAUCGCCGCCGCCGACGCCGCGGUGCGCGACGCGAUGGCCGAGCGGCUGGGAGGUCUUCCCAAGGCGGAGCUCGUGGAGACGGCGAUGCGCGUUCGCAAGGAGCUGCUCUCGAAGUGCAGAGGGGAGCUGCGCGCGCUGGAGCUGAGGCGCAAGAGGGAGGAGCGCGCGGCGGUGGGUGCGAUGGGAGGUAGGUAAUAG